AUGGAAUCGGAUCCAGGUGCGACGGGAGUCUCUUCCCACAACGAAAACAAGACUCCAUCGUCAAGAAGUGGCGCUUCAAGCGGAGCUGGAAGCCUGACUAUUUUUGACGGCAAUGAACACUCCGUCGACGAACACCAUGCUCAAAUGAGCGUCGAAAUCAUGGAACUCGCCCGACGCUUUACGAACCAGUCACAGAAUCAAGGUUCCGACUUGUUCCCUAUGGUCAUUGGCAGCAAACUGGAUCCAAACAGUGAACAAUUCGACGCGAGAUCCUGGGCAAAAGCCUUUUACAAUGUCAGGGUUCGCGCGUCUGAAGGAAAGGCUCUCCGGACGACUGGUGUGGCCUUCAAGAACCUCAGCACCUUCGGUUUCGGUUCAGCGACCGACUUCCAGAAAAGCGUUGGCAAUGUAUACAUCGAAGCAUAUGGGAUGAUUCAUGAUCUUAUCCAUCCAAGAAAGCGUCGCAUUGAUAUUCUUCAAGAUCUCGAAGGUGUUUUACACAGUGGCGAGAUGCUCGCGGUUCUCGGUCCUCCAGGCUCCGGUUGUUCUACAUUUCUUCGCGCGAUAUCGGGUGAAACUCAUGGUUUUCACGUCUCCAAAGACUCAGUCCUCAACUACGAAGGUGUUCGGCCUGACCAGAUGCAGACAGCCUUUCGCGGAGAGUCGAUCUACACAGCCGAAGUCGACGACCACUUUGCACAUCUGACUGUUGGCGACACUUUGUAUUUUGCUGCCAGGGCCAGAUGUCCAGAAACGCUGCCCGAUGGUGUUUCACGCCAUGAAUUUGCCACGCACAUGCGGGACGUUACUAUGGCUUUGUUUGGCAUCUCGCAUACCCUCAACACUCGCGUGGGCAAUGACUUUGUGAGGGGUGUAAGUGGCGGCGAGCGGAAGCGCGUCACUAUCGCAGAGGCUGCACUGAGUUUCGCUCCAUUGCAAUGCUGGGACAACAGCACUCGGGGGCUGGAUAGCGCCAAUGCUGUCGAGUUUUGCAAAACCCUGAGAACACAGGCCGACGUGAUCGGAUGUUCAUCAUGCGUAGCCAUAUACCAGGCACCCCAAUCAGCUUACGAUCUGUUUGACAAGGUGAUGGUUCUUUAUGAAGGACGUCAGAUAUACUUUGGAAAGGCCCGCGAUGCCGCAAACUACUUUGAAGAGCUCGGAUUUGAGCGCCCUGCACAACAAACUACCGCUGACUUUUUGACUUCCAUGACCAACUCUACAGAAAGAGUGAUUCGAGCAGGAUGGGAAGACAAGACACCCCGUACUCCAGACGACUUUGCCAAAGCUUGGAAGUCUAGUUCUGCGCGUGCGCAAUUGAUUCAAGAAGUCGAUUCCUACAUUAGCAAUCAUCCUUUUGAUGGAGAUCACUUCCAAAAUUUCUUGGAUGCCCGUCGCUUGGACCAGUCCCAGCACCAGCGGCCGCUGUCGCCAUAUCUCAUCUCAUACUGGGAACAGUUCACCUUGACACUCUGGCGAAGUUGGACUUUGUUCCGGACUGACCCUUCAGUCACCUUGACAAUGCUAGUCAGCAACAUUUUCGAGGCUCUCAUCACAGCAAGCAUUUUCUACAACCUCCCGGCCGACACAUCUAGUUUCUUCAAACGUACGCUUCUUUUAUUCAUGGUCAUCCUCCUCAACGCCUUUGGAAGCAUUCUAGAGAUCAUGACCUUGUACGAAAAGCGCAGAAUCGUCGAGAAACACUCGCGGUACGCUUUUUACCACCCAAGCGCUGAGGCACUAUCAGCCAUGAUUGCCGAUCUUCCGUACAAGAUCAUCAACGCCAUACUAUUGAACACGACACUCUACUUCAUGACAAAUCUGCGCCGUGAAGCUGGGGCAUUCUUCUUCUUUCUUUUAUUCUCAUUUACAAUCACGCUCACCAUGUCAAUGAUGUUUAGGCUUAUUGGGUCAGUAACAAAAUCAGUUGCCCAGGCUCUUGCGCCCGCAUCGAUUAUCCUUCUGGCGAUCGCAUUGUAUACUGGCUUUGCAGUACCACCCACGUAUAUGAAGUCAUGGCUUGGCUGGAUUCGAUGGAUCAAUCCGGUGUAUUACGGCCUGGAAAGUGUUUUUGUCAAUGAAUUUGUUGGACGAAGUUUCUCGUGCGCCCACUUUGUCCCGUCCGGACCAGGGUAUGCAGACUUGGGCCCAGAAAAUCGUGUAUGCCAAACGGUUGGAGCUUCCCCUAGCGAAAAUUUCGUCGACGGUACUGCAUAUCUUUUGAGCUCGUACGGGUACAAAUCCGCUCAUCGUUGGAGAAACUUUGGCAUCCUCGUUGCAUUCAUGAUUGCCUUUAUGGCACUUCAUCUGCUUGCCACAGAAUACAUUGCUUCUGAACGAUCACAAGGCGAAAUCUUGGUCUUUCUCCGGAGGACCCUCAAGAGGGCACAACUUCAAGAUACUGACGAUGUGGAGACACAAGCCGCUUCGCCGUUGCCGCGGGAGUACGAGAGUCAGCCAUCUGACACCGAAAAGAUUGAACAGCAGACUUCAGUGUUUCACUGGAGCAAGAUUUGCUACGAUGUCAAGAUUAAAAAUCAGGACCGUAGGAUUCUGGACAACGUCGAUGGGUGGGUCAAACCAGGAACUUUAACAGCGCUGAUGGGUGUAUCCGGUGCCGGCAAAACGACGCUACUUGACGUUCUGGCGGACCGAGUCACUAUGGGCAUCGUGUCUGGAGAUAUGAGGGUCAACGACAAGAUACGUGAUGCGUCAUUUCAACGCAAGACUGGUUACGUGCAACAGCAGGACAUUCAUCUUCAUACUUCAACCGUUAGGGAGGCUCUCAAUUUCAGUGCCAUUCUCAGACAGCCAUCACAGUAUACUCAUGAUGAGAAACUAGCAUAUGUGGACACAGUCAUCAGUCUAUUGGGUAUGGAAGAAUACUCUGAUGCCAUAGUGGGCACUCCGGGCGAGGGACUCAACGUUGAACAGAGAAAGCGGUUGACUAUCGGUGUCGAGCUUGCUGCUCGACCGCAACUUCUUUUGUUUCUCGAUGAGCCUACUUCUGGGCUUGACAGUCAGACGUCAUGGUCGAUAUGCAAUCUUAUGGAGAAACUAAGGGAUAAUGGGCAAGCAAUUCUUUGCACAAUCCACCAACCCUCGGCAAUGCUUUUUCAAAGGUUCGACCGACUGCUGCUUCUUGCAAAGGGUGGAAAGACUGUCUACUUUGGAGAGAUUGGAAAAAGCUCUCAUGUUCUUCUCGACUAUUUUCAGCGUCAUGGUGCUGAUCCCUGUCUCGAAGAGACAAAUCCGGCGGAAUACAUGCUUCAAGUCAUUGGGGCUGCCCCAGGAGCAGUCACAGACAUUGAUUGGCCUGCAGUAUGGCGAGGUUCAACCGAGUGCGAAGCUGUACAGAUGGAAUUAUCGCGUUUGAGCUCGAAUGUGACCCAGACCAUUACAGCGACUGGAAAUGAGACCCAGGUCGAGUUUGCCGCUCCGUUCCGGACACAGCUGUAUCAGACAGCCAAGCGUGUAUUUCAACAAUACUGGAGAAGCCCUGGUUACAUCUACUCCAAGACAGCUCUGUCUGUGGGUGCAGCAUUGUUUAUCGGCUUGACAUUCAUGAACGCAGAGAACACGCAACGCGGGCUUCAAAAUCAAAUGUUUGGCGUGUUUGUGUUUUUGACUAUUUUUGGUCAAGUGCUAGAGCAGAUUCUCCCUGUUUUCGUUUCUCAACGAACGCUAUAUGAAGCUCGAGAGCGUCCUUCAAAGGCCUACUCAUGGAAGGCCUUUCUGCUGUCUAACAUCUUCGUGGAGAUGGCAUAUAAUACAUUGAUGGCUGUCUUGUGUUUUGUGUGCUGGUACUUUCCCAUUGGUCUUUACCGCAACGCCUAUUUUACCAACACUGUUGAUUCGCGUGGCAUUACCGCUUUUCUACAUGUGUGGGCAUUUUUCAUGUUCACCAGUACUUUUGCCAAUAUGAUAAUUGCGGGCCUGGAAUCGGCGGAUGUAGCCGGAGCCAUUGCCAAUUUGUUCUUCAUCAUGAUGUUCCUGUUUUGCGGUAUCUUGGCAGGACCAGACACGCUACCACGCUUCUGGAUCUUCAUGUAUCGCGUCAACCCAUUCACAUAUGUCGUGGAAGGAUUCAUGGGAAAUGCGCUUGGAAACUCUGAAGUACAAUGUGCAGCCAACGAAGUCUUGACGUUUCACGCCCCCAAUAGCACCACGUGUGCAGAGUACCUGGCCAACUACCUGGACAACGCCGGAGGUUAUCUGAUAAGCGGGACCUCAGAGCAAUCUUGCCAAUACUGCCCAAUCCAGUCUACAAAUUCUUUCCUGGCCAGUCUCAAUGUCGAUUUUGCCAACCGAUGGCGCGAUUUUGGGUUCGUGUUGGCCUACUGCGUAUUCAACAUAGUCGCGGCGAUAGGCUUCUAUUGGUUGGCACGGGUGCCAAAAGGCAAAAAGGUGAAGACUGUCUGA